AUGCCGCCAGUGACUCUCCUGGUCCCAUUACGACCUCCACAUAAUUGUGAACUGUGUCUUCCCAUCCCAUGUGAAUAUGUGGACCACGCGGGCCUGGUACGCCACUUAAAACGUGAGCACAAUACCAGCCUUGCUUUCGAAUGUCGUGCCUGUGGCCUCACUUUGUUGAAACUUAAAGCUUUGAAAGCCCACCAGGCCAAGUCUGCAGCCUGCAAAUCCAGCAUCGAGGCCUACUUACCUCCUGCUCCAGUGCCCAAGAACCGCAAAAUCAGGCGGUUCAGGAACUGGCAUAGGUCCCUCCCCACGGACGCCUCCACCGCAGCUGCAGAGUCCUCUGUAUCUUCAGCCAGCAGCCCGCCUACGUCGCCGGAAUAUGUAUCUCUGGCUGCACGACAACACAGCACUGCCAGAAGAUCAACCAGGGCCCGACUACGCAGAGCUACUCACCCUGCUCCCGCACCACCCGAGGAACCCCUCAGCACACCGGCCUCUCCAGGACCUCCGGCAGCCACCUCUGGACCUCCUCCUGCUUCACCAGGCUCUCCACCACCACCUACUGAGUGCUCUCCUCCAACCCCGGUCCCUCCUACUGACAGAAGCGAUGUCGCCUCCCCAGGUCCUCCACCUCCACCCAUCGACACUCCUAUGUCACUGGCCCCUUGA